CACUGAUUGGCAGCACUGAUAGGUGGCACUGAUUGGCAUUGAUAGGUGGCACUGACUGGCACUGAUGGGUGACAUUAAAAGGCACUCUCAGAUGGGCACUGAUAUGUGGCAUUGUUGUGCACUGGUAUGCACUGAUAUGUGGCGUUGAUGUGGCACUGAUGGGCACUGACAGGUGGCACUUCUGGGGCCACACUGAUCAUCAGGGCACACUGAUCAUCAGUGUCCUGAUGAUCACUGUCAGCGUGACAGCUCGAGAGGAGAGAAAUGCCGAUAACCGGCAUUUCCAUGUUUACAUGUGAUCAGCUGUGAUUGG